UGAGCCUGUGCUGCAUGCAUACGAGAGUUCUUCUUCAUCGAACGAAAGUAAAGGUUGAAACAAGAUGUUCUCUGCCAAGUUCCUUCUGCUCCUCUUACUGAUCCAAAUAACAGCAGGCUUUCCUCGGAUGAAUGAGCUAAAACAAGAUCCACGAGGCCACUUAUCUCCACCUUUGGAACUAACAAAUGAAACUUUGAGCUCUUCCUCUGACGUUGCAAAACGAUUCCUAAAUAGUCGCGCCUGUAAUGAGAUCUACUCAAGAAUCGAUCCGCAGAAGUACUUCCAAAGCAACGACAUCUUUAUUCCCAGGUCUAUCCUCACCGUGAAAUGCGAAGGCACUCCAAAUUAUCCACUGCCCUGUGGUUCAACACUGGGGAGUAUGCGCUGUUUGACCAGAAUGGGUGACGUGGAGGUCAUGCGCAUACCAAAUCUUCAAAAGUGCUUCUGGCGCAGGCGUGUUGUGAUCAAGAAUGUACCUGUAGGAUGUUAUUGCGAGUAUUAACCUAUCAAAAAGUGCUUACGAGGAAUUUGGAUUUUUCACGUAUCUUUUGAAGGCAUUGUUUAAAUUAAGUGUACAGAAUUAACUGAGCGCAAAAUUGUCCCAUAUAUAUGUGUCCUAGAUUCUCACAACAGCAAAGUUUAAAACAUCUAGGCAGAUAGAUAUACAUUGUAGAGUUAAAAAAAUUAAAAUAAACGGAAACA